AUGGAGCCAUCAAUACUGAAGGUUCUGGCAUAUGCCGGACGGAGUAGCACGUGUCGGGCUUCAACGACGCGACUCAGCCAUCAAUGUACGAGGAGUUUCGGCCAGAGCACGCGACUUGGAUUGAAGGAACAGAAGAAGGGCAUUACCGCUGAGAACAGGACGUCGCAAGGCCAGCCAGCAGCGAACCUCAGUCAAGAUGUCGGCAAGGAAGAGAAGGAUCACUAUGAGAGAGUGGUUGAGCACAGCAAACAGAGCCAGAUGAGGUCACCCUGGAUGCAUGAAGGCAGUGACAAGCCUCCUGUCGCCAGAUUGAGAUCUGCUGGUGCCAUGGUCAAAGGCAAGCUGUUGACUACACCUUCUCGCAUGCUCAAGCUCAUCCUCCCCCUGACCACCAGAGACGCAAACAAGGACCGCAAGAACGUCGAACCUCUAGCCCUUCUCGUACAUCCACAACAACCACUCAGCUAUCUCGAACGUCUGAUUCAGUCCGAACUACCCGUCAUAAAGAACGAGAGCGGGGGCGAUAAGAUCCCAUCUGUUCACUUCCGUGCACAAGACCUAGGAGAAGAGGCCAUCGACCCUGACAAGAAACACGAUCCGGAUGAUGAGUCAGAGGACUACAACUUCGACAGCGUUGAUUCUCUCAAGAUUGACGGCAAGACACAUCGUACAGGCAAGCUCAACGAGUCGGGACAAGUCGAGGAGAAGCCCAUCAACGAUAGCCAACAGCCCGACCCAGAGCACACCGACUUCGUUCGCUGGUCACCAAGCACAGAGAUUGGCGACUUCAUCAGAGAUGCCGCUCGUGGUAAAGAGUUCAGUGUCGACAUUGAGGGAGCUCCUGAGCCCAUCUACGUUGCCGUACCUUCAUUCAACGACCGCACAUACUACCUGCGCAUGCGUCUUCGAAAGACAGCCAAGCAAAUCUCGUCGCUGGCAGAUAUCAAAACUGAGUGCGACAAGUUGGCCCACAGAAGUGCUCAGCGCGUGGCUCAGGGAGGUUUCGCCAUCUUGGUCGGUUGGUGGGGUAGUGUUUACGUCCUCACUUUCCAGACAGAGCUUGGAUGGGAUGUCAUGGAGCCUGUCACUUACCUCGUCGGUCUGUCUACCUUGAUUGGAGGUUACAUGUGGUUCCUGUACCACAACCGUGAGGUCAGCUACCGUUCCGCCAUGAACUUUACCGUCAGCAAGAGACAGGACAAGCUGUAUCAGGCCAAGGGCUUCGAUGUAUCCAAGUGGGAUGGUCUCGUCGAGGAAGGCAAUCGUCUGAGAAGAGAGAUUAAGAUGGUUGCUGAAGAGUAUGAUGUCGAUUGGGACGAAGCCAAGGAAGCAGGAGACGAAAAGGUAGCCAAGGCACUGCGUCAGGAGCGCAGAAAGAAGCAGAUGGACAAGGACGACGAAGAUGACGAGGGCAAGAGACGCAAGAAGUCAAGAGAGGAGGAUGACGAUUAA